AAUAUGGGCUCUUCCUGCAGGUUCGCAAUGUGCGUUUUUGUUUACAUAUUUUAUUUGUUGGUUUUGGGUGUAUGUGGAGAAAUUGAGGUUUUUGAAGUAGAUGGAGUCAAAGUAGAAAGGCUAAAAAUUCCCGAAACGUGCGAUUUUUCUGUACAGGACGGAGAUCAACUUAAAAUCCAUUACAGAGGCACGUUAGAGGAUGGGACAGAAUUUGAUUCUAGCUAUAGUAGAAACAGUCCAUUUGCUUUCACUAUUGGAAAAGGUCAAGUUAUAAAAGGUUGGGACAUUGGCAUCAAAGGCAUGUGCAUUGGAGAGAAGAGGAAAUUGACCAUUCCUCCUGACAAAGGAUACGGCGACCAAGGCUUUCCACCUAAAAUACCAGGAGGUGCAACUCUUAUAUUUGAGACAGAGCUCAUAGAUAUAGAUUGAGGAAGAUAAACCAACCUUAACUACAGUGAAUCAUUGAAACCAGAUUUCGUGCUGUAGCGAGACUGAAUCAAAAGAUCUAAAAUGUAAAAGUUAUAUGUAUAUUUGUUCCUUCAGGGAGUUGGUACAGACACAUCAGUAAUGUGAUGACUGUUUAGUUUAUUUCUAUGCAGUGAAGUCAGUAGGUUGGGUGUGUUUCAAACCAAUGGAAGCAAAUAUCAGACUGAGCAAUAUUUAACAUGUGCAUUUUAUCUGGCAUGUGAAGAUUUAUCGUUUUUCAGAGAGAUUAUGGUUUAAAAGUUUUUCCUGACACCAGUGUUACUUUUGCUUUGCUAUUCGCAUUCCCAUUUCUUGUGCCAGUUUGCUAUUGAAGUGACUGUAAAUCUUCUGCUCUAAACUUUGGUAAGUUCACCAGCCCUCUACAACAUUUUGGUGUCUGUGAUGUCUCUCCCUUACACUUAGGAUGAGUGAGUGGUUUACACGAACCCUUGAUUUGUCAAGGGGGUGUAAAUUGUCUCAUAAUUAUCCAAUUUGUUAAUAAUUUCAAAUUAUAUUCAAUUUUAUUAACACAGCUUAUUUACUGUAUAAUUUAAGAUACUGAUUAAAAACAGCAAACAU